GUGAGAAGACGCAGUCAAGCCGACACCUUCGCCACAGUCGAGGAUAGUCCAAACUCCUCUUUGUGCCUUAUGCAACUACCCCAGCGAGGUUCGAUUUUUGAAGCCGGCUUCGGUCCCGCAUCCGGGGGAACAGAUGAAUGGCUGGAAGACCUGCCCUCAAAGUCGGGUCCCGGUGCUAGCCCGAGUCAUGGUCUCAAUGCCGAUGGGCUUCCCGGUCAAAGUCGUUUGGAUGAGUCAUCACGUACGCUUGCCCGACGCAUACACAAGUUCAAGAUCAGGAAAUGGCUGAGGAAGGUGGGCGGAAGAACGAAGUCCAAGUUGACCAAGAAGAGGGUCCUCUGGGUACGACACAACAAGGGAAAUUCCUGGGGAGCUGCAAAACAGAAAAAGAAGAAGGCAGCGCCGCCGAAGAAGAGAAUGAGUCUGAUGAUGCUUCUGACGUCAGGCAACGACAAGAGAGACGAGAAAAAGUAAAUGGGUUCGGAGGCAAUCCCUCUUAUAUCGGGAAUACACCACUUGAAGGCGUAUGAGUAAGAUGGCUUGAUAGCCAUGAUGCGUUAAAGUGC